UAACGCUCCGACCCCUCAUCUCAAAUGCCUCGUCUGGAACGGCGAAGAAACACACCCACAACAAGUUAACAAAACAAUACUGGGUGAAUUGCAACAAUACUAAUAUGUUCUGGAGAAACAAUGAUUGACUAUACGUUUUUGCUUCCAAGCUGUCGCCCUUUUGCGGUUGGGAAGUUCUGAAAAAGCGCAAAAGGACCUGGAACUUUAGAAGAUCUCCAGUUGCUUUCCAGUCUACUGAUCAAGCCGGGGGUCCGGUCGAGCUUUAAAGUCUAUGCAAUACAUUUUAGACUUCUCUCGACUCGGGGAUUUGUGCGCUCGGAAAGCUUGAUUUCUACAUAAUUGUCCUAGGUUAUGUUUUUGUCGUGGUGGGCACCUUCAUGCGAUAAGGAUAUGGUAUUUCUUUAACAUUAUCCUGGUUUUGUUUUUGACAAUGGAAAGCAAAUGAAAGGGGAAUUUCACGGGAUUAAUUGACAGCACAACGACAGUAUGCGGGAGAGAGACCUACGGAGAGUGUGCAAAAGGGGGCUGCUGCUGGCCGUCUGUGUGGUGUCUCUCUGGGGACAGCUGACCCUUGCAUCGUCACACAGAAGUCACAUAGUGCAUGUCAAAGCAGGGACCUGUGAAGUGAUCGCCGCCCACCGCUGCUGCAACAAGAACAAGAUUGAGGAGAGAUCCCAGACGGUCAAAUGUUCCUGCUUCCCCGGACAGGUUGCCGGGACAACAAGAGCGGCUCCAUCUUGUGUGGACGCAUCCAUAGUUGCACAGAAGUGGUGGUGCCAGAUGCAUCCAUGUAUGGAUGGGGAGGAGUGUAAAGUGUUGCCUGACCUGAAAGGCUGGAGCUGCAGUACAGGAAACAAAGUAAAGACGACGAAGGUCACACGAUAGUGCGGUCUGUCCUGGAUCUGAAGACUUGGCAUCAGUCAUCUCUUCCUUGACAGAAACCACAGGGACUUCUUGGAUGUGAAGACUAUGUAUUGAAGGAUUGUGGGAUGGAACCAGGGACCAAUAAGGGAAAAAAAAGGAAACACUGAAAUUCCACUGUAUGGAUGCAGAGCAGAGACUUGACUUGGAGAUCCCAUAGAACCACCUAUCCAGACUACUGAUUAGAUCCCAUAGAACCACCUAUCCAGACUAAUGGACUACUGAUUAGAUCUCAUAGAACCACCUAUCCAGACACUGGACUACUGAUUAGAACCACCUAUCCAGACUACUGGACUACUGAUUAGAUCCCAUAGAACCACCUAUCCAGACUACUGGACUGCUGAUUAGAUCCCAUAGAACCACCUAUCCAGACUACUGGACUACUGAUCAGAUCCCAUAGAACCACCUAUCCAGACAACUGGACUGCUGAUUAGAUCCCAUAGAACCACCUUAUCCAGACUACUGGACUACUGAUUAGAUCCAAUUCCUAGCCAUUAUUGUUUAUGUUUUUUCCUCCAAUGAACUGCUACAGUAGGAGAUCCAAACCUGCAAGGUAUUUAUUCAGUAAAAACAAAAACUGUGGAUUAUGCAAGCAAGAUAAACCUUAAUGCGAAACAUGUGACGUGACAUUUUCAAAUAUUUUUCCUCUUUUUGCCACAGAGAAGCUCAAUGACUCCAAAACCAAGUGUUUGUGUUCGAGAUUUAGAUCAUAAGCAUAUCCAUUUAUUUUUAACCGUAUGAAGCAGACAUCUCUUCUUUUUAAGGUUUUUGAUUUUUUUUAAAGCAUUAAGUGUUUGGUUUUAGUAAUUCUGUUGGACUGUCAGGUCUGCUUUUGAAGACUUGAGACAUCAAAGAAGAUGCCAGAGUGAAAAAUAGUACUAACUACUAUGUUGCAGUGCUUGAAUUAAAGGCACCAUGGUUUCAACAAACCAAUUAAAAUGACAUUAAGCUGAACUCCAACUGUUUUAAUAUCUGUUUUUAAUAGCCUGGUGACCAACAUUGAGUAAAAGUGUCAGUAUUAUCUCAAUAAACCUAUGUCAAAAGGAUGUCA